GCUGUCACUUGGUAUUAAUUUCAAAAAUGGAAAAGCAAAAAUAUAAAAAAAGUUGUUGGAGUGAUAGGGCAGAAACCCUACUAAUUGAAUUGUGGCAGACCAAAAUAAGUGCUUUUCGCGGUCCUAGAAAAAACAACCACAUAUUGGAGGAAAUGGCAAUGGAGUUGCAGCAACAAGGUGUGCAUUUCACAGCGGCAGAAAUUAAAUCGAAAAUGCACAAUCUUUCACGGAGAUAUAGGAAAGAGAAGACAGCAGUCUUGUCAACAGGCGGUUCUCCCUCGCAGUGGCCGCUUUAUGAUAAAAUGAGAGCCGUACUGUUGCCGUACGUCAGCUACAACGCCCAGAGCUUAAUGGAGGAAAGUUUUCAAAGCUCUACUAACUCCGAUCCACUCCAAAUUUCUGUGAAAACGGCUGCGUCUUGUACAUUUGUUGCUGCAUCUCCAUUGUCAUCACCGGUAUGCCUACCAUCGCCCUCAGCGAUGCCGAUGUCGCCAACCGAUACUUCUUCGCUGCCAGUACCGUCUCCCGAGCCGAGUGAUUCUGAUAAUAAAAGAAGAAAUAAUUUUCAGAGCAUUAUAUUAAAAACAUUUGAAAAAAUUGAAAAACAGCUGGAGAAAGUAAGUCAAGAAUCCAUUGAAAGCAACAAAGAAAUUAUGGACUUGACAAAAAAAAAAUGGUUGAAAACGACAACAAAAAAACCGCAAAGAUGGAAGAGUAUAUGAAAUACUCUAAGGAAACUAAUAAACGAUUACUGGAGUUUCUAAAUAAAUAAAAAUAAUAAAUUAAUAUAUUU